UUUUAUGAACUACUGCAGCUCCCCGGUGCUAAAUUAAAGCACUUGGAGUAAAGUUAGCAGCCAGCUGCCACCCUCCAGUUAGUCCAAAUGGAUUACACUGCAGCUCAAAGUGGGUUCAGACAGCGUAAGUUACAGCCCAAUAUACGUGCAAGAAACACCACCAUGGAUUCAUCAGAGACCAGUCAGCUUUUUGAAGACACCAGUGGACCUGGGUCACAGCCAGGUUACAGGAACCAACAGGCUGGACAUCAGGAAGGGUUUCCAGGCCAUUCCCUGUUGUCAGACCCCAUGUCUAACCUGGCCAUGGCUUAUGGCAGCUCAUUGGCAUCACAGGGAAGGGAAAUGGUGGAUAAGAAUAUUGACAGGUUUAUCCCCAUCUCUAAGCUGAAAUACUACUUUGCUGUGGAUACAGUAUAUGUAGGAAAGAAGCUGGGUCUCCUCAUUUUCCCUUAUAUGCAUGAGAACUGGGAGGUGAGUUACCAGCAGGACACUCCUGUGGCUCCACGCUUUGACGUGAAUGCUCCUGAUCUGUACAUUCCUGCCAUGGGAUUCAUCACGUACAUACUGGUGGCUGGACUGGCCCUCGGCACACAGAACAGAUUUUCCCCAGAGCUGCUGGGAGUUCAGGCCAGCUCAGCGUUCGUGUGGCUGAUCAUGGAGGUGCUGGCUGUACUUUUGUCUCUCUAUUUGGUGACUGUAAACACCGACCUCACCACCAUAGACCUGUUGGCUUUCUCUGGAUACAAAUAUGUUGGGAUGAUUGUUGGUGUAGUAGCCGGUCUGCUGUUUGGAAGGCCAGCGUAUUAUCUGUCUUUACUGUGGUGCUGUGCUGCUAUAUUUGUCUUUAUGAUUCGAACUCUGCGUCUGAAGCUUCUAUCCGAGGCAGCGGCAGAGGGGCGGCUGGUGAGAGGAGCCAGAAACCAGCUGAGGAUGUACCUCACUAUGUCUAUAGCAGCAGCGCAGCCCAUCUUCAUGUACUGGCUCACCUACCAUCUCAUCAAGUAAAACCUGGAACAAACACACUUGUGCAAAAAGUGCGAAAGACGAACUGCGGUCCAAACGCCAUCUCAUCCCCUCGAAAACACACAUGCACGUCAAAUGAACUGGACUCACACAACACACAAAUACCCACAUUAGUCUGGGCGACGGCCCUCCACUCCCAGACACGACGACAAGCCGCACAUUCACUCACAGUCAUUCUCGACUCCUACCAUCUGUACACGGAGCCAAACAGCACAUGCUACACAUGCUACAAGGCGAUUAGACAAGACACGAGGCAUUGUGUCUUCUCUCUCACAGCACCGCCCCAUGUCAUUAGUAUUGCCUUUUUUUAUGUAUUGUCUUUAAAAAUUUGUAGCAAGAGCGAGUGGCUUUAUGUUGUUUUUUCUAUACUGUGUAAUAAUUUGUUGAAUAUGUUUUUUAGGAAUAUUUAAUUAUGUAUGUUUGUGUAUGGCAAAAGUAUUUUUGCAGAUGUUGCUCGGGGUCUGACAUCUCAAACGUGAUUUUUCUGAGCCGACUGACGAAAAGCACACUAACCUCACACAAACCGUCCACUAAAUGUAAAGGCAAGAAAACUGUUCUCAUAUCAGCGGAUGUCGACAUGGGGUUCAACCACCAGACUGUAAGUGUGGAUGUUGUCGUACCACCUCUACGUUAUGUCCGUAUGUGCUUUUGUUUUAUGUUUGAGCUUUGCUACCAGAAUGUGUAAAGCCACAAUGAAAUGUCCACUAAACUUUGAUAUCCUUUUAAAACAAAAAAAAAUUAAAUUAUUGACGCUUUUCAUAUUGAAAGUAAGAUGGAAUAAAGAAAGGGAAGAGAUGAGCUGAUCCAUUCUGUGAAAACUGUUAAAGUCUCCUUAAGAUACUUGAAAAACUUAUAUGUGUGAAGUGCUUGUCAAUCAUCUGUUACAAUGAAACAUGCAGUUUUCAUUUCUGAUGUAGCCAAUGUUAAUAUUGUCAAAACAGUGUAAGGUUUACUGCCACUUCAGUUAAUUCAGGAAAUUAUGUCUUCAAACUUCAGGAUUUUUUUUUUUUUUUUCAAAUGAAACAUAAGUACGCAAAAAGCUUUUACCUGAGGUGCCAUCUAAAACUUUUUCCAAAUGUUUUGCAAAGUGCUUCAUAAAUAAACUUAGUAUGUAAAGCUGCAGCAUCUCCUUAAGACCAGGUAAUUCUAUUUAGCAGGUAAUUUAAAUACAUUCUCAUUUAUUCAUCCUGCUUUUUAAAGUUGGUGAACAGCAUGCAACUGUUCAGGACACUGAAGUAGUGAUUGUUUUGCGAAAUAAAAGAUCUGAUGGAGCUAUGUU